UUCCCGGUUUUCGUAUUAAAAUUUUUAAAACAUCGCCAUUAUGAUUUUUUGAGGUUAGAUAAAUAAAGUAAGCUAAAGAAAAAUUUUAUGUGAAAAUCUUGACAAUAAUUAUUAUUAAGCAGCAAUAAUAUUAUAAUUAUUAACAUCGUAAUUAAUAAAAUAAUAAGUAUUGUAAUGCAGCAUGAACAGUUUCAUGAUACGACAAAUUUAAAGAAACGGAAACCGAAUCGUCUACGAGGAACUCCAGCAAAUAAAUACAGUUAUGGACUAGCGACUGUUUGUGUUGUAGGAUUUGCAAUUGCCUGUGAAUUGUAUAUAAACUCAAACUGGGCAAGACCUCGUAUUGAACGUCUCUAUGAUCGCGUACAAUUGACAGAGUUCCAGAGAGAGCAGCGUCUUAUGAUGUCUGAUCUCGCGAUUAAUUCAAUGAUAAAAAAUAUACGGGAAAGGAGAGAAGGAAUCGUGCGUGAAGACCCGACAAUCCACUACGCAGCCGAGUUCGAAGAUUAAAUACCACUCGUUUGAAUUCAUUUAUUUAUAAAACAUAAAUUAUGGAUUCUCAAUCAAAAAAUAGUAGAAGUACGCGGGGGAAUUCAACUAAAGCUAGUACGGGAUUAGAUCCAGAGGUUAGAAAAAGUGAUAAGAGACCGGUAUCCUCAGCUAGUGAAGACAGUUUAAAUGAUUUUAAAACUCCACCGCUGCUUAGAGCUGCUAAAUUUAUUACAGAUAUAAAUAAUAGUGAUUUGGACGGUAAUUUUUCACCUGGACAAGCUUCCGGUGCUGUGGCAUCUUCAGGAAAUACUAAAAAUUUAAGAUCAAAAGCCAGUAAUCAACCUGGACCAGGAUCUAGAGCAAUAAAAUCAUCAGUAAAUACCAAGAAUCCUAAGUUUGAUGAUGACUGUCAACCUGGACCAUCAUCGCGAGCAAUCAAAUCAUCAGCUAAUUCAAAAACUCUUGGAUUAAAUGAUGAAAAUCAACCUGGACCAUCAGCAGAUACCAAAAAAACAACUAAAAGACCAGUAUCUCCACCUGAUGACAGUCUAGCUGAUUUUAAAUCACCGAAACUGGAAAGUAAACGUCCAACUGUUACACUUAUUGACAAGCCUCGUGCUAAACCUAAGAAAACAAAACCACGUAGCAAAACUAAAAAAGAAUCAAAUCAAAUGUCUUUGGAGUCAUCAUUUUUCAAGCCAGCAACUUCAUUCGCUUGCCCGCUUUGUCUCAAGACAUUCGUAGAUUCAGCGAGCCAGCUAGCGCACUCUAAGACAUGUGCAUCUAAAAAUAAUGUAUCGACACGUAAAUUAAUAGAAGCUGCAGCUCUGCAUGAACGUCAGGCUGAGGAACGUCGUGCAAUUGGACUUCCAGCUCAGCCAUUUGCUAAACCGCGCAGGAAGUCAACAUUCAAACGCGCAGACUUGAAGGCAGGUGAUCCAGAUGUCCAGCUGGCACUUGCGUUGUCUGAAUCUCUUCAAGAAGCCCAAAAUCUUGAGGAGUUUGAUGCCGCAGUUGCUCUGGCUGCUGCUUCUGUUGAUGAUCCAGAUCUAGGUUCUCUGGAAAUGACGUCGUCCCAGCGAAAAAGUACUUUGCGUAGUUUUGGAUUCGUUAGCAGCAAACCUGUCAUUGAUGCUCCGGAUAAACCUAAAAGGAAAAAAUUGAAUGCGCAGACGGUGUUGCAGACUAGGACUCAGGAAACCAGGCAGCGAUUGCUCGCUGAACGUAUUGCUGAAGUUAUUGUAGACAAUGCUGACAUGACGUUCAAAGUUGGAGGUGAUUUGGGUCUAGAAGAUCUGGAUGGAAGAAUUGAACUGACUAGCGAGGUGCUGAAGAAAAUUCUAGAGCCUGAGAGAAAGUUGUGGAAUGGGUCAGCGAGAAAAGCGAGGGGUGAGUUUUAUUAUGUUGAUGAUCUAGGAGAAUUUAUUAAGCCGGUGGAAAGUCUAGAAACUUGUGAAGUUAGUAAGGAUCCGGAGAUUCUAGAAAAUUAUCUAGGAGAUAUAAAAAAUGAAGUGGGGAAUAAUAAGACAAUAGGAGAAGUUGAAAAGGCUCUGGAGUCAUCACAAAAAAUUCUAGAACGUUCCCAAAGCGUUCUAGAAGCUGCCGAAAAAAGUAUAGAAAUAGAUUCUAGUUUAAAACAUUCAAAAUCUUUGGAUGAAAAAAACUACAAUUUUCUAGAAGAAGAAAAUAUUCUAGGAGUUGAUAAUUUUCUAAAAGUUAGAUCUCCUGGAACUGAAGAUAAUUUAGUAAAGACUCCAGUUAAAAAAAUUCUAGAUGCGUCAAAAAUAAAUCCAGAAGCUGGAGAAAAUAUUCUAGGAGUUGAUAAUUGUCGAGAAGUUAGAUCUCCUGGAACUAAAAAUAAUUUUAUUAAGACUCCAGAUAAAAAAGUUCUAGAUGCGUCGAAAAUAAAUCCAGAAGUUAGAUCUUCUAGAAUAUUAACUGCCGAUGAAAUUUUUAUAAAAAUUCCAGAACAUGAAAAUAUUCUAGAUACGCCGAGAAAAAAUUUAGCUUCUAGAAAAAUUAUACGACGUAAAAAAAUAAAGUCGGACACGAGUGUUAAUAAUUCUAGAGAAUCUAAAGUUAUAGACAAUUCACUGGCAUCUAGUUGGCGUAAAAUGUUGAAUUCUUCUCAAUGUAGUGACGUUAUUAUUUUAUUGGAUGAUAACAAAUUUAUUUAUGGUCAUUCGGUAGUUUUUUGGACUCGUUGCGAGUUAUUGUAUCAUGACUUAACAAUCUAUGAGAGUAAUUAUUCAAAAAAUCUAGAUAAUUACGAUAAAAAAAUGGAUAAAAUCAUAAAAUAUCAAAUAAAUUGGUCGGAUGUUGAUUAUAAAUCAGCUCUAAUAUUUCUAGAAUUUAUUUACUGUAAUUAUAUAGAUGAUUUUAAUCUUCUAGAAGAUAAAAAAAUAUGUGAAAAUUUUAAUUUUCUUGUUAAAAAAUAUAAAUAUGAUGAUUUGAUAAAUUAUUUUAAUACAGUUUAUAAAAAUAAUAAAUUCGAGGAGAUCGAUAAAAAUGUAGAUCAUUUUGAAGUUAAUAUUGAUCAAUCGAUUGAUCGAAAAGUUGAAAGAUCGAUUAGUCAACCAGUGAACAUAUCGGUAGAUAAUCAAAUCGAUGUAUCGAAUAAACAUCUCGAUAUAUCACAUGAUGAAGAAAUCAAUAAAUCGAUUAGUAUAAAAAUCGAUAAAUCGAUAAGUGAAAAAAACGAUAGAUCGAAUAAUUUAUCAUUUAAAUCGCCAAUUAAUAAUUUAAAAUAUAGUUAUACAAAUUUUAGUAUUUCACCAGAUAUUUUUGAUGAUAUGGAUUCAAUGAACUGUGAUAAUUUAUCUGAUAAUAAUCAACAUGUCGAUAAUGAUUUUGAAACACGAAGUACUGGAGUUGAAGAAGAAAUAGUCACUGUCGGUAAUGAUUUUCAAACACCAGGUACUGAAGUUGAAGAAGAAAUCGAUACUGUCGAUAAAAAAGAACCUGUUGAAAAUAAUGUUGAUGUUGAUAAAGAAGGAGAAGUUAAAAAUAUUUUAAGAAGAUCAUCAACUUGUCCAGACAAUUUGAAUAAUGUUGAAAAAACUAAAACAAUCCGAAGUUUUUCUGAGGAUUUAAAUGAAACGUUGAAAAAAACCCGAAGUGAUUUAAGUCUUUUUAUUGAAAAAAUAAAGAAAAGAAAUGCUAAAGAUAUUUUAGAUGACAGUGAAGAUGAUGAUUUAUUUAUUCCUGGCGGCAAAAAAGUAAAUCCGUUUAAAAAAGUUGAUGAGUCGCUGAGUGACAUAUACCGAAAUGUUAAAAUAGAUACUGCUAAUGUUAAUUUGCGACGUGGAAGCAGAUUCUGGGCUAAGAAGAAGACUAGUGUUGACGCAGUUGAGAAAGUUGAGGUUAAGGUUAAGAAGUCAGCGUUGAGUAUUUUUGAAGAUGAUGUUCGGGAUAAAGUUGCGUCGAAUCCGGAUAAGUACCAGGGAUUUGGUGAUGUUGACUUCGAGAGUGAUUUUGAAAUUGACGAUGAUUUUGACAAGGUUGAUAAGGUUAAUAAAAAUGAGGUUGGAGUUGGUGAAGAAGAUAAAAGCAGCAAAAAUAAACUGGCUGAGGAUUUUAAUUUAAAUUUAACACAAAGCAAUGUUGACGUUGAUGAAGAUAUUUUUGAUGUUGAUGAUCCAAAUAUGUCAAUGUAUUCUAAAUACAAACUUACACAUAAAGAUAACAGUAUUUCGUACUACAGAAAUUUGAUUAAAGAGUCAGCUAUCACCGGAGUUGAUAAAAAUAAAAAAAGUGUUGACUCAGAAGUUGAUGACUCUGAGGUUGAAGAUGAUAAUAAUCAUGAAAAGUCAUUUGUUUCAUUUAGUCAGAACAAAAAAUCAGUUGACUUGGAAGUUGAUGUUGAUUCGAAAGUUGAUGUUGACCCGAAGAUUGACGUUGAUAAAGUUGAUAAAAAGUGUCCUGUUGAGCUUGACGAUGAGUUAGUAAUUGAAAUUGAUAAAAAUCCGGAACACUCUAUUUUGAGUCAAAAAUCACAAGUUGAUAUUGAGUUUGAAGAUGAUGAUUUUGAAGAUGAUGAUUAUAAUGAUGUUGACAGAAUUAUUGAACAAUCUUUCAAUCCAAAUAAAUCAGGAGUUGACUUUGAAUUUAAUAAAAAUUUUUCUGUUUACAAUGACGUUGUUGAUGUCAAUUCAGUGUCGGAUGAUGACUUUGAUUUAAAUGACAUUGAUAAUGUGGAAAAUCAAGUUGAAAAAUUAGAUGAUAGAACAAGUGAACAUGAAGAUGUUGAUAAGAAUCCAAACACUCCUAGCAAGAUAAAAAGUCGUAGGAUAUCAAAAAUAAAUCAACUGUAUUUAACUGAGUUAUCUAGAUAUGAUUUGUACGAUUCAGACAUCAACAGUCAACAUGAAAAAAAUGAUAAACCCGAAGUACUUGAUCUGACAAUCAGUGAAGAUGAGGACCAAGGCGUUGAAAAUUUAGAUUUUAUCAACUGGAGCGACGUGUCCGAUCAUGUUGACUUGUCACAAAAAUUAUCUGCCCCUAAAACAAAUUCAUUUGAAAAGUCAACUUCUAAAAGACCGCGAUCGAAAUCUAAUGAUGUCAACUUAUCAACCAUCAACGAGUCAUCAUCAGACGAAGAAGUUUACUCGUUAAAAAAAAAAAAAAAUUCAAAUCUUCUUGACCUACUGAGCGAAGAUGUCGAUAACGAAGCGGCGAGUCAACAGCCAAUUGACUCGCAAAGUAAAACGAUAACUUCUAACAUAACGAAUAUUUUAAGAGAAUGCGGAGUGAUAUCUUUAACCCCCCCAAAAAAGUCUACUCAAAAUUCAUCACUAGCGAGUCCCAUUCUGUUAUCCGACGAUUCGUCUCAAGAUUCUCCUCUGCAUGAAUCGCCAGUUAGUCAACCUGACAAUCAAAUUGAUCAUGAUUUAGAGUUCACACGAUUUGCAUUCGAAGGUGGCGCUGAUAUUCCAUUUGAUAAUUUGGUAACAUCAACACAAGUUGACUACCCAUCAUCUUCCAGACAGUUGACUUGUGAUUCUAAUGACAAAAAGAGUCCCUGUAAAUUACGAAGAUCCUCAACAGUUUCGCCGGUCAAAAGAAGAAAUACUCGAGUGUUGAUGAACAAAAGCAAAUCAACAGAUUUUAUUUAUUCGAGUUCUCAAAAGAAGAAAUCUACUAGCAAUUAUCAACACAAAGACGAAAUAAAUCUUGAUAAAGAAGAAAUAUGUAAUUAUUUAAAGCUACCGGCAGAUAAAGUCCAGCUGUCAUCAAAUGUUGACCCUAAAGAAGAUUUUAAUCUUCUGUCCAGUCCGGAGUUGAAGAAGAAAUUAAAUUUCUAUGGAAUGAAGAAUCAAAAGCGUCACCGUGCAAUAAAACUACUUAAUUAUAUUUAUGAAACAAUGAACCCAUUAGUGCCGGAAGAUAUCGCGCAUAAAAAGAAUAAUUUUAAAUCCCGAGUCAGCGAUGCACGGGAAGAAUAUAAUUGGAGAAUAGAUUCGCUUUUGCGGACAGACGAGGAAGAAAUGGGUGAAGAUAAUCUUAAGCGUCGUUCCAGUGGAGACUCAAGAGAUGAUUAUGCGAGAAGAAACUCUCAAAGUCCAAGUCACGGAAGAAAUGUUUCUCAAGGAAAAAAUGAUGAUUGUGAGUCUAUUUCUUCUGAACUACCUGAAGAAAUGGAUCUAACUGAUGACGAAUAUGAUCAGAAAGAUAUAAAAAAUGUAAAAGAUAUUUUUCAAAUUUUACUUAAUGAAGACGAUGAUCUUCAUAGAAAAGUCUUGAUGUACGAAUCGCUUCCCCUGGAAACUUUACACGCGAAAAUAAAAAACAAUGGUGUUAAAUGCAGUGUGAGGGUUUUAAUGGAUUAUUUAAACGAAGAGUGUAUUAGCUUUUAUGUCGAAGCACCGAAGAAAUGGUCCAACGGCCGAAGAAAAAUAAGAAAGAAAUAAAAUU